AUGAGCAAAAUCAAUGCAAGCCUAUUAAACAAUAUUAAAAAUACCUUCAGAAAGGAGUUUGACUACCAUGGCAAAGUAAAUUGGUUUCCACCGCAUAUGAUCAAAACUAGGAAACUUAUAUCCGAAACCAUUAAGCAAAUUGACGUAGUAAUAGAAUUAAGAGACUCAAGGGCACCUAUUUCAACAGCCAAUCCUAUUUUAUCAGAAUUAUUAACCAACUACCCCAAAAAAACCAAAGUCAUUAUAUUUAAUAAAUCAGAUUUAGCCAAUAGUAAUCUACAAAAGAGUAUUUUAGAUCACUUUAAAUCAAAAGACCAAUAUGCAUUAUUUUCACAAACAGUUUCGACAAACAAUAAUAAAAUAUCGUUACCCAACAAUCACCAAAACCAUCCAUUGAAAAUUAUAAAAAAAGCUGUUGAAUUUCAUAAUAAAAAAUUUAAUCAACCACAACAGCAACAACAACAGCAGCAAACAAGUCUGCCAAAUGUCGGUAAAAGUUCAUUUAUAAACUCUAUUAGAUCAGCAUCUAAUAUGUCGAAAAGUGCCAAAACUGGGCCAUUACCGGGUGUAACUAAAGAAUUAACUGGUUUUAAAUGUUGCGACGAUCCCUCAAUAUUCAUAGUGGACUCUCCAGGUAUCAUGAUACCCGGUAAUUUAGAUUAUGACGAAACUACAUUAACUCUAGCAUUACUAAACUGUAUCAGCGAAAGAAUUGUAUCACAAACCACACUAGCUGAUUUUUUACUAUUCAAAUUAAACUCAUCUUCAAAUUUUAAAUAUUUAAAUUUAUUUAAAGAGAAUGGGGAAGGAAACCAAAAUACAGACGCCGACAAUAACAAUAAUAAUAAUAAUCAAGAAAUUUUACCAACCGAUGAUAUUGAUCAAUUUUUAAACAUGAUUGCAAAAAGAUUUAAAAUAUAUUCAAGUAAUAAUAAACCAGAUUUGGAAAUGGCCUCUGUAUUUUUUAUAUCUCAAUAUCGUGAAGGUAAAUUGGGUAAUUUUACAUUAGACCGUAUUCCAUUACCAUCUGAAAAAACAACUGACAUAAUACCUAUAGAACCAUUAAAACAAAAUAAAAACGAUGGACUAUCAACACUACCCAAUCACAGAUAA